GUGGCAAGCAUUCGUUCGCUCUAUAACACCACCUUUAAAACAGGAAACCAACGCCAGGUGAUUACACUUUCUCCAGAGAAAUCGCAAUCUUCAAAAAUCGGAAAGAAAACGACACAAUAUAUCCGCCACCUUAUUGCCAUAUAUAAACGACACCUCUUAUGAUCGUCGCCGUCGUCAUUUGAUCUCUCUAUGUGUUGACAGUCACGUUGUUUAUUGAUCCUGUACUGAAGAAAUGGCCGGAAACGACUGGAUUAACAGUUAUCUAGAAGCGAUCCUAGACGUUGAUCCAGGAAUUGAUCACGAUGCAAAAUCCUCCCUGUUAUUGAGAGAACGAGGCCGUUUUAGCCCUACUCGUUACUUCGUUGAAGAGGUCAUCACUGGUUUUGAUGAGACUGAUCUUCACCGGUCAUGGAUUCGAGCAGCUGCAAUGAAGAGUACGCAGGAAAGGAAUACAAGACUGGAAAAUAUGUGUUGGAGGAUUUGGAAUUUGGCUCGCAAGAAAAAACAGCUCGAGGGAGAAGAGGUUCAGCGUAAAACUAAACGUCAUGUUGAUCGUGAAAGAGGCCGUAGAGAAGCGACUGCUGAUAUGUCAGAAGACUUAUCGGAAGGAGAAAAAGGAGAUACACAUGGUGACAUUUCGUUCCAUGCUCAUGGUGAUAGUGUUAGAGGAAGAUUUCCAAGAGUUGGUUCUGUUGAUGUGAUGGAGAAUUGGGCUAACCAACAGAAGGGGAAGAAACUGUACAUUGUGUUGAUAAGUCUACAUGGCUUGAUACGUGGCGAAAACAUGGAGCUUGGGCGUGACUCUGACACGGGUGGUCAGAUUAAGUAUGUAGUAGAACUUGCAAGGGCCUUAGGCACCAUGCCAGGGGUGUAUCGAGUGGAUUUACUAACAAGACAAGUAUCAGCUCCAGAUGUGGAUUGGACUUAUGCGGAACCAACAGAGAUGCUGAACCCAAGAAACACUGAGAAUUUUCUGCAGGAGCUAGGGGAAAGCAGUGGUGCUUACAUAGUUCGUAUACCAUUUGGCCCCAAGGAUAAGUACAUUCAGAAAGAAUUACUAUGGCCAUAUAUUCCAGAAUUUGUGGAUGGUGCCCUUAACCACAUUAUGCAGAUGUCUAAAGUUUUAGGGGAGCAAAUUGGCAGCGGAGUUCCAGUUUGGCCUGUGGCAAUUCAUGGGCAUUAUGCUGAUGCAGGAGAUUCUGCUGCUCUUAUAUCUGGAGCUCUAAAUGUUCCUAUGGUAUUUACAGGACACUCACUUGGAAGAGAUAAACUUGAACAACUAUUGAAACAGGGACGGCAAUCACCCGAAGAAAUAAAUAAAACCUAUAAAAUAAUGCGGCGAAUAGAGGCAGAGGAGUUAACUAUUGAUGCUUCUGAAAUUAUUAUAACUAGCACUAAGCAGGAGAUAGAAGAACAAUGGCGCUUAUAUAAUGGAUUUGAUCCUGUGCUAGAGCGGAAACUUAGAGCAAGAAUCAAGAGGGGAGUGAGCUGUCAUGGCAGGUUUAUGCCUCGCAUGGCUGUGAUUCCUCCUGGAAUGGAAUUUCAUCAUGUUAUUCCACAUGAUGGAGAUAUGGAUGGGGAAGAAGAAAAAUAUGAUGACAACCCUGCUUCUCAUGAUCCACCUAUUUGGUCAGAGAUAAUGCGUUUCUUUUCAAAUCCGCGGAAGCCCAUGAUACUUGCUCUUGCCAGGCCAGACCCUAAAAAGAAUAUUACAACAUUAGUUAAAGCAUUUGGUGAAUGUCGCCCUCUGAGGGAGCUCGCUAAUCUUACCUUGAUAAUAGGAAACCGUGAUGACAUUGAUGAGAUGUCAAAUACAAGUGCAUCUUAUCUUCUAUCCAUCAUUAAGCUUAUUGAUAAAUAUGAUUUAUAUGGUCAAGUAGCUUACCCUAAACACCACAAGCAGUCUGAUGUUCCUGACAUUUAUCGUCUUGCAGCAAAAACAAAGGGUGUAUUCAUCAAUCCUGCGUUCAUUGAGCCAUUUGGGCUAACACUGAUAGAGGCUGCAGCUUAUGGUUUGCCUAUGGUUGCUACAAAAAAUGGGGGACCUGUCGACAUCCAUCGGGUUCUUGACAAUGGACUACUUGUUGAUCCCCAUGACCAGAACUCUAUUGCUGAGGCUCUUCUGAAGCUUGUCUCAGACAAGCAACUUUGGUUGAGAUGCAGACAGAAUAGCCUCAAAAACAUUCACCUUUUCUCAUGGCCAGAGCACUGUAAGACAUACCUGGCUCGAAUAGCCUGCUGCAGGCCUAGGCAUCCUCAAUGGCAGAGAAGUGAAGAGUUUCAAAGUUCAGAGUCCGACUCACCUAGUGAUUCUCUGAGAGAUAUUCAAGAUUUAUCUUUGAACUUGAAACUUUCAUUGGAAGGAGACAAAAAUGAAAGUGCAAACAUUGAUACUUCUUUAGAUACCGAGGAUAAUGCUGCAGAUGGGAAGAUCGAGUUAAGCAGUAAUGUGUUGACAUUGGAAAAAGAUGCUAUAGAAGGCAUUCAAAAGGAACCAACCGAGAAAGUGGAUAGCAAUAACAUCAGCAGUAAAAUUCCAGCACUAAAGAAGAGGAAAAAUAUUUUUGUUAUUGCAGCCGAUGGUGAUGAACCUGUAGAUUGUCUUCAAACCAUUAAGACGGUCAUUGAGAUGGCAAGGAAUGAAACUUCUGGAGGAUCUAUAGGGUAUAUAUUGUCAACAUCCAUGACCAUAUCUGAGCUCCACUCUCUUCUGGCCUCAGGGGGAUUGAGUCCGUUGGAUUUUGAUGCAUUUAUCUGUAACAGUGGUAGUGAAAUCUAUUACCCAUCUUUAAGCACGGAGGGCAGUAGCGGUCUUCCCUUUGUAGUAGACUUGGUUUAUCACUCACAAAUUGAUUACCGUUGGGGUGGAGAAGGUUUGAGGAAAACUUUGGUUCGUUGGUCUGCUUCUGUCAAUGAUAAGGGCGGCCAGGAACAAAUUGUUGUUGAAAACGAAUCAGGAUCAACUGACCGCUGCUAUUCAUUUUUAUUGAAAGAAGCAUCAUUGAUUCCUUCAGUGAAAGAGCUGCGGAAAUUGAUGAGAAUCCAAGCUCUUCGAUGCAAUGUUAUUUAUUGUGAGAACGGUACCAAGCUAAACGUAAUACCUAUAUUGGCCUCUCGGUCCCAAGCUCUCAGGUAUCUGUAUGUUCGAUGGGGCAUAGACCUAUCGAAUGUAGUGGUCUUCGUGGGUGAAUCCGGGGAUACCGAUUAUGAAGGCUUAUUAGGCGGACUGCACAAGUCCGUGAUAUUGAAGGGAGUUGGCAGUAAUUCUCAUAAGCUUCAUGCUAAUAGAAGCUAUCCAUUAGAAGAUGUUACUCCAUUCGAUAGUCCCAACAUUGUCCAAACUGAGGGUUGCGAAACUAACAGCAUCAUGGAAUCAAUGGUGAAACUAGGUGUAUUCAAAGGUUAAUUUUUUCCUAUUUUGAGAUUCUACUUUCCGCUUAAUUUGCUGCCCUGGUUUGAGUUUUCCUGUGCACGGCCAAUCCCUUUUAACUUGGACAUGGUUCUCCCUGUUUUUCCGGUUCGUUGUAUAACUGAAUGAGUCUGUUCAUAAUAAUUUGAGUUGCAUAUAUAAAUUGUUUUGCAGUUUGCUUUUGUAAUGUUUUUUAAGUUCUUGUUUUCAGCCUGUGUUGUAUCAGCAUAGUUUAUUCCUUGAACUAUGCUAUCUAUCUAUAAAGGUAUUUAACUUUA